GUAGAGGUGGUGGCCCUGUAGGGUCUCGUCCGGCCUUAGUACCUGUAGUAGCAGUAGCUCCGACUCUUGUCUCUGAGGCGCUAGGCCGCAGGAACAGGAUGUAUACACUCCUAUCAGGGCUGUAUAAAUACAUGUUUCGGAGAGAUGAAUAUUGCAUUCUGAUCUUAGGCCUGGACAAUGCAGGAAAAACAACUUUCUUGGAGCAAACGAAAACCAGAUUUAACAGAAACUACAAAGGAAUGAGUUUAUCCAAAAUCACUACUACAGUGGGCCUGAAUAUUGGUACUAUAGAUGUAGGCAAAGCUCGCCUUAUGUUCUGGGAUUUGGGAGGGCAAGAAGAAUUGCAAUCUCUGUGGGACAAGUACUAUGCUGAGUCUCAUGGAGUCAUCUAUGUCAUAGAUUCUACUGAUGAGGAGCGACUUUCAGAAACCAAAAGAGCAUUUGAGAAAAUGAUCACCAGUGAAGCCUUGGAGGGGGUCCCUAUCUUGGUCCUGGCCAAUAAACAGGAUGUAGAGACUUGCUUGUCCAUUCCUGACAUCAAGACUGCAUUCAGUGACUGCAUUAAUAAAAUUGGAAAGAGAGACUGCCUGACACAGGCUUGCUCAGCUCUCACAGGCAAAGGGGUGAAUGAGGGCAUCGAGUGGAUGGUGAAGUGUGUCAUAAGGAAUAUCCACCGCCCCCCACGGCAGAAGGACAUCACGUAAGACUGGAGUAUUGCUGCUGCUGUGCUUGGACAGCUGCCCCCAACGCAGAUUCCACCUACCCUCCUUGUCCAGGGAACAGGGCCCAGGACCUUGUCAUCGAUUGGAUUCUUUUCAUUUGGAUUUUUGAUUUUGUUUUUGUUUUUCUUAAGACAAACUUUUAUUUCCAUCCAGAAAAAAAGUCAUCUUGAGGAUUCUACCUCGGGAUUGAAGAGGGGGAAAGGGGAGGUGUUGGGGGAAGAGUUUCUCUGUGACCAAACACAAGACCCUCCUGAAUGAGGAAUGAUAGUAGCUGCAUCAGCACCUCAUCUGGAGCACAGGAACUGUUAGGUAUCUAGAAUGACUUCAUCCAAGCCACAUAAGGUGUGGCUUUAUUCUUCCUCAGUUGCUCAGGAGAGCUGAUGGAGUAUUUUUUGGUUAAUGACCUAAUUUAGUCUUUGAUUUCUUAAGAUCAAACAUGGAAAACUGGCUCAGGCUAGUUCCUGGUGUAUUGACAAGGUGUUGUGAUAGGCAUGUAAGGCAGUGGUUCCCAUCUUCCUUGAAGCUGUAGUUUUAUUGGGUUUAUUUGGCUGAGUUCUGGCUAGAGCUGCUACCCUUUGGCUCUAAAUCCUCAUGUUUUAAUACUUUCUCCAUUGCCCCUUUCCCAGAGGUAGUGGCCUGUGCUUGGUUCCCCAGCCUCUCACAGGAUGACAGCAGCUAACAUUGUCAUCAAGAUUAGGCAGAGGAGGUAACUGUAGCUGCAAGACCCCAUCUGCUUGAGCUGACACAUUUUUAUUGCCCAGAUGUACUAAGCGGUAUGUAAAAAAAUGAGCUCCAAGGAAAAGAUUGAUACUUUGAGCCAAAACAGUCUAAUUGACACUUCAUUGUAGCUACUUUUUCUGUAGACGCCACCUGCUUCAUCUUUGACAAUAUUUGACUCAGAAUGAGAUUGGUAGUUGAAAUAACUUGUUCAAACCUGGCCCAGGCCCAGCUCAUAAACCAUAAAUAGCUGUAGGUUUUCCAGGAGUUGUGGGUAUUAUUUAAAAAGCAACCUUGCCUGUUUCCACAUAGAAAUCAGCUCCAAAUAAUACAGGUCAUUGGUCAAUUGUCUACAGCAGAAGCAAAGAGGGAGAGGAAAUUCUUCUUGUAAUUUCAUAGAAACCUUAGCUUUCCAUCCUAUCCAACCGACUGACCUUGAGUGUCUGUCAUAGUUUAGCUUUUUAAGACCUGAAGUAACUGAGCAUUAGUGGGGCCAAAUAGAAUCAGCCCAAUUUGGCCAGCUCUCUCUUGUCUUCCCAUUGUUAAGGCUUUUCUCAUUCUGAGAAUUUUGACUUUACUCUGGGGAAGAGUGUAAUCCCUUAGAACUUCUUAAAAGAGGGCUUGGGCAGCUAGCUAGUGGCAUCAGAGCUGAUCCAUUUGUCUAAAAUUUGUGAUUUAAUGACAGAACCACACAGCUGCUCUUGUCUCAGACUUUCAGGUCCAACUGAGAAGCCAAAUACUUGUGCCUGCAGGGAAGUGGAAGGGAGGCAAGUUGUUGGAGGGAAAUUUUUCUUCUCGAGCUAGACUUGCACCUUGAAAAGAGAAUAUAGUCGUUUUUGUUAAUUGAUUUUAUUCUCCCAAAAAGGGGGGAAAAGAAGGCUAAUAUAGGAAAGUCAAGGAUUUAAGACUUUUCCUUCCUAUGUUUUGGGGUCUUUGCCUCUGUAACCUGCAUGCUAAGUUGUGCCUUAGGCUGGAUCAGCAUUAUGCCCUGAGAUUUCAGAAACACAGUCCCAUAAUUCUGCUACAUAGAGACCAAUUAUAGUGUAAAGUAAAGAGGUGGGCACUGACCUAGAGUCAUUCCAGAACAUAGCCUUGGCCACAGCAGACCUGUUGAACAGUCUACAAGCUACAGAAAGUAUGUCUGAAUAUGGCCCUUACAAAUCCCAACCUACUGUCCAUUAACUACUAUGGUCUGUUUCUCUCAUGUCUUUAUUUCCUUUGGAAUCUAUUGCAAGAUAAGCACAUCUCUAAACUUCAUUUUGCAUUCUCCUUUGCCUUUAAUUUAGAAAAGUUAGCUUAUAGAGCCAGGGAGAAGCAAAACAUCACAUGUUUCCUUCCUAUCUUUUUAGUUUAAGGAUUUUGAAUUGAAUAUUUCCCUCCAACCCUGAUCCUAGUUGAUUGAUCAAUGUAACUGCUACUUGAAUUGAGUCAAGAGUAAAGAAAUGUAGAUCUGAGAUCUAACGUCCUUGUAUCUGUCAUAGAGGGUUUUACAAUCUGGCCCAGCAAUGGUCAAUUAGCUGUUAACUUCUUUGCAAUUUGGUGGUGAGAGUGUUAAUGUUUACUGAGAGCUCUUGGAUCCUGAAGGGGGAGUAAAUUGCUCACAUUUUGAAAGAAAGUAUACUUCAGAAACCAAAGUAGGAUUUGUUCUUUUAUCUUUCCUUUGAGGGAGGAGUUCAGCAUACUUCAUGUUUGUCAUUAGGUCAUGUUUGCCCCUGCAGGAACAUCAUGUUCUUCAUGUUACAUGGUAACAAGAAAAUAUAUUUGUGCAGAAAUCCCCUUUGUAAAUAGAUCUGGCAUUGUUAAAUGUGCUACCUUUCUUUUUUGGACAGUGAGUCCUGGGUGAAUUGAGAGAGAAUAAGAUAGAAAAUGUUCUGUGGGGCUCUGAUCCAUCAGUGAGGUGCAAGGCCAAUGAUUAAGUUGAGGUUAGGGAAAUUUGUGAAGCACUCUUGUUUGGCUCUUUCCUCCAAACUCUAAAUUCCUCUAGAGUAGAGGAGAUCCAGAGGAUUGCUAUAGAUUUGGCUUCUAUAAUCAGUUGGAUAGUGGUGUGACCCAGAAACUCCGGCUAAAUAUAAAUUAAGUGUCAGCAUUAGAGUUAGGCCUAGCAUUAGGCUUCAGAAUCAGGAUCUGUCAAGGUUAGAGGAAAGUGCUUCUCACUUGUUUUGUGUUGACAAAAAGAUCAUAGUUUGAGGCUUGUCCUGAAGCUCUGCUGGAUAAAAGUUCUAAAUCUUCCUUCUACCAAAGUUUAAAUAUCGGUGUUUCCCAUUGAAUACCUCCUUGGUUUGGUGAAAUAGAUUUGUGAUUCCGUAGAGAAACCUCUAAUUUGGCCAUUACAAAGAAUUUAGGUUUCCCCAUGUCUAUCUAUUAUUGAAUUCAAUUCUAGUUUUCCCUCAAAACAUCUUAGGAUUCUCACUCUUGAUUCUUAUUCCAUCUCAGUCCUUUAUUAUUGGACUGAUCCAAACCAAGUAACAACUCCAUGGCAUAAACAUUCUCUUCCUUUGGAAAUUUCUAGCCUAACUUUUGCAGCUGCUGGGUUGGAACUCUCUCCUAUGUUAGUCCUGUUCUAAUUUAUGAAAGCUUGGGCCCUUUUAGAGUACCUGCGGCCUCUUUGUCCUGAGGCCCUCAUAGCCAUGGCUUCUUGUUCAUAGUCAUCCAGAGAACUAUAACUGGCUUUGGGAAAAAUUGAAAAAGUAUAUGACCCUAGUAACUCUACUGGUUUAGAAAUUAAGGGAUUAGUGCUGGUUCCCAAUUUGCCGAUAUCUAUUCCCCAGCAGUUUUCAGCAGAAAUUCGACCACUAAAUGUUUGUGGUCAAAGAACCAUAUUCUCCCUGCCUAGUGACACCUUCAUCUUGACCACUAAAUAGCAGGGGUCUGAUCACUGAUUAUAGGGGCUUGAGUCCAUUACUCUAAAGUUGUAUACUAAUUGUUUUUAAUUCCCAGUGAUUCUCUGUGUUUGGAAAAAUAAAAGUCUGAUCAGGAA